AUAACAGUGAAUGAAAAUGUACUCUUUCUUCACACUAAGAAAAUGAACUCAGAAGUCACGGUGCUGCAGUAUUGUGCAUCGUACACCAUUGAAUAUUCCCAUAUAUGAGAGAGUUCUUAUUUCAAUAAAAUUCCAUGUACAUUUCUUGAACAGAAGAUACCACAGAACAUAUCAAAAAUUUAAUAUUUUAAAGUUAUUAUAUUUACUAAAAUAAAUGGCUACUCUUGAGGAUAAAUCAAUUUGGGAAGAUGGAGAGGAGUCUUUGGGAGAGGAUGUUUUAAGAAUGUCCAUUGAUGAAAUUGUAUCUCGUACGCGUCUAUUAGAUAAUGAAAUAAAAAUUAUGAAAAGUGAAGUAAUGCGUAUUUCUCAUGAACUUCAAGCACAAAAUGACAAGAUUAAGGAAAAUACUGAAAAAAUUAAAGUGAAUAAAACUUUACCUUACCUAGUAUCUAAUGUCAUAGAGUUGUUAGAUGUAGAUCCUCAAGAUAUGGGAGAAGAGGAUGGCGCAGUUGUUGAUUUAGAUGCACAGCGUAAAGGAAAAUGUGCGGUUAUUAAAACCUCUACUAGGCAAACAUAUUUUCUCCCUGUAAUAGGUUUAGUUGAUGCUGAAGCCUUAAAGCCAGGUGAUCUGGUGGGUGUUAAUAAAGACAGCUAUUUAGUUCUUGAAACUUUACCCGCUGAAUAUGAUGCAAGAGUCAAAGCUAUGGAAGUAGAUGAAAGACCAACAGAACAAUAUUCAGAUAUUGGUGGUCUAGACAAACAAAUUCAAGAAUUGAUUGAAGCUGUUGUCUUACCUAUGACACAUAAAGCAAAGUUUGAAAACCUUGGUAUUCAACCUCCGAAGGGAGUACUUUUAUAUGGACCACCAGGAACUGGAAAGACUUUAUUGGCUAGAGCUUGUGCUGCACAAACAAAAUCCACUUUCUUGAAGUUAGCAGGUCCACAACUGGUUCAAAUGUUUAUUGGAGAUGGUGCAAAAUUAGUAAGGGAUGCAUUUUCACUCGCAAAAGAAAAAGCACCAGCAAUUAUUUUCAUCGAUGAACUGGAUGCAAUUGGCACAAAACGAUUUGACUCUGAGAAAGCUGGUGACAGAGAAGUACAACGUACUAUGUUAGAGUUGCUGAAUCAAUUAGAUGGUUUCAGUUCAACUGCAAAUAUUAAAGUGAUAGCAGCUACAAACAGAGUCGAUAUCUUAGAUCCAGCUUUAUUGAGAUCUGGUCGUUUAGACAGGAAGAUAGAGUUUCCUCAUCCUAAUGAAGAAGCUAGAGCACGUAUAAUGCAGAUUCAUUCCAGAAAAAUGAACAUGUCUCCAGAUGUAAACUUUGAAGAAUUGUCACGAUCGACGGAAGAUUUUAAUGGCGCCCAGUGUAAAGCUGUUUGUGUAGAAGCGGGUAUGAUAGCAUUGAGACGUAAUGCGACUGCAGUCACACAUGAGGACUUAAUGGAAGCUAUUAACGAAGUGCAAGCCAAGAAGAAAGCUAAUCUCAAUUAUUACGCUUAAUAUAAUUUGUUCAAUAACUUAUUUAAUAAGAUAUUUUCAAUAAUGAUUAAGAUCAGAGAUUACAAAAUUGCAAAAAUUUCAUAUAUACAUGUACGUUUGUAAAGUAAUUAGGAUAAUAUAAACAGAUCCAAUCA